GAUAUACUCUCGUAUAGAUCUCAACUAUUCCUAUCAUUAUUGUAACUGUUCUACGCCCGGAUGGAGUCUGCCAACGAGGUCCGAGCGGCCCCUCAGGCGACGAGGCUCAUCCUCCUCAUAACCUCCGCUGCUAUCAUCUUCGCUAUUCUUCAGCGACUCCUGAGCAAAAGCAGCCAUGACUCCCGCGAACCGCCAGUUCUACGACCCAGAGUCCCCAUCAUUGGGCAUAUGUUUGGUCUGGCAUACCAUGGGGCCAGUUACUUCUCGACUGUUAGCAAGCGUUGUCCCCACCCCAUCUUCUCCCUCCCUAUGGGACCCUCCCAAACCUACGUCGUUACCUCCCCCGCGCUCGCCAGCCAGGUCCAACGCGGCUCCAAAGCCCUCUCCUUCAACAAACUAAUCGUAGAGAUAACCGGACGCAUGGUCAGCUUCAAUUCCGCCUCCAUGUCCAUCCUCCGCGGCAGCGACCGCACCCAAUCCGAAUCCCCCUUCAUGCAAGGCGUCCACGAAAUCAUAUACGCCGCCCUCACACCCGCCGAGAUCAAAGACAUGAGCCUCGACGUGCUCGCGCAGCUGACCCAGCGGCUAAACAAAGUCACAGACGGUGAAGAGGGGGACUUGUUCCUAUGGGUACGGAAGCAAUUCACGGUUGCGACGACCCACGCGCUUUACGGGCCCGAGAACCCCCUCGCGCUCGAUCCCUCACUCGAGGUCCCGUUUUGGGAAUUCGAAGCCGGGAUAAUAAGCCUAAUCGUCGGCAUCUUCCCGAGCAUAACAGCACGCAAAGCGUACGUCGGCCGCGAGCGCAUGGUCGAGGCACUGAUCGAAUACGUGCAGCAAGAGCGGUACAAGCAGGCCUCGAAACUGAUCCAAGGGCGCGCGCGGUUCCAUCUUGAGAACGGGCUCUCGAUCCCCGAGUACGCGCGCUCGGAGGUAGGCAUGCUUUUCGGCGGCCUGGUCAACGCGGGGGUUACUACGUUUUGGAUCCUGAAUAAUAUCUUUUCGCGGCCAGACUUGCUCGCUGAGCUGCGCGCUGAGAUUGACGCCAACGCGCUCACCACUUCAAGUGGCCUGGAUGGGGACCACACACGCGCGAUCACUUAUUCGCAGUUGAAGGCAUCCUGUCCCCUGCUCAACUCCGUCUACCGCGAGUCCCUCCGCCUCGCGGCACCCAUGUCCGGCUCCCGCCUCGUCGUCGCGGAUACUAUAGUUGGCGACCAGUACCUCCUUCGUGCAGGGAACGUAGUGCAGAUCGCGGGCGGAGUGAUGCACUACGACGAGAGCAUCUGGGGCUCUGACGCCGCGUCGUUCAACGCGCGGCGGUUCGUUGGGUCGGUACACGGCGUGCGCAGUGAGGGAGAGGGAGAGAAGCAGGUGCAUCCUGCGGCGUUUCGUGCGUUUGGAGGUGGCAGUGUGUACUGUCCCGGUCGCCAUUUUGCGCAUGUGGAGAUUAUGUCAAUGGUUGCGGGGGUGGUGUGUGCGUUUGAUAUGGAUCCGCCGAAGGGGAAGGAGGCGAUCCAGUUCGAUCCGCCGAUGGAUGUGGAGAGGAUGCCUCUUGGGGUUGUGAAGCCGUUGGAGGAGGUGAGGGUGAGGAUGAGGAGGAGAACGGGGUGGGAGGGUGUGGGUAGAAGAUUUAGUUGUAAUAGUUAG